AAAGUCCUCACCUUUCCUGAAAAUGUUUUCCUCUCUCAUUCUGUAGGCGCAAAUCCACCCACCUUGUGGUAUCAAAUCACCGUCUUCCUUCCCAGGCAGAAGUCAGCUUCCAAAAGACACCAAGGAAGGCCUCCCCACCACGUGACCUGGGGGGGGGGGUGCCAAUGUCCUUCCAUGAGGGGGUCAGCAAACGCAUGGUAGCAGCGAGCGAGAAACUCGGGGAGCCCCAGCGAUGCAGAAGACAACCUACUACGACACCUCCACGCUCUUCGGGGGCUACUCCUACCAGGGCGCCAACGGCUUCGGCUACGAAGGCCCUCCGCAGCCUUUCCAGCCUGCGGCCCACGUGGAGAGCGACUACCAGAGGCCCGCCUGCACCCUCCAGUCUCUGGGCAACGCGGCCCCCCUGGCCAAAGCGAAAGACCUGAACGGCAGCUGCAUGCGGCCCAGUUUGCCCCAGGAGCACCACGCGCCCCCGCCCGUCUCGCCACCCUCCAACCCCGUCGCCGCCGCCGCCGCCGCCACCAACAGCAGCAGCAGCAGCAGCAGCAGCAACGGCAGCAAUAAUCACAGCCAGCCUGGGGGGCUCAAAAGUGGCCCCGGCAAAUCCAGCCUGGGCUCUAGUAACGCCGCUCUCACCAAGCAGAUUUUCCCCUGGAUGAAAGAGUCGAGGCAAAACUCCAAGCAGAAAAACAGCUCCCCCAGCGCAGAAAGCUGCAGCGGCGAGAAAAGCCCCCCAGGCUCCUCCUCGGCUUCCAAGAGGGCCCGCACGGCCUACACCAGCGCCCAGCUGGUCGAGCUGGAGAAAGAAUUCCAUUUCAACCGCUACCUGUGCCGGCCCCGCCGGGUGGAGAUGGCCAACCUGUUGAACCUCAGCGAGAGGCAGAUCAAGAUCUGGUUCCAGAACCGCAGGAUGAAAUACAAAAAGGAUCAGAAGUCGAAAGGCUUGGGCUCUUCUUCCGGGGGGCCCUCCCCGACGGGGAGCCCGCCCCAAGCCAUGCAGUCCUCGGCGGGCUUCCUAAACGCCCUGCACCCCAUGACCUCGAACUACGACGCCCCGUCUCCGCCCUCCUUCAACAAACCCCACCAGAAUGCCUACGCCAUGCCCACGGCCUACCAGAACCCCAUCAAAGGCUGCCCCGCCCAACAGAAGUACGCCAACACGGCGCCCGAGUACGACCCGCACGUCUUACAGGGCAACGGGGGAGGCGGGGGCGGCAGCGGGGGCGCUGGGGGCUACGGCCCCGCCAAUAUGCAAGGCAGCCCGGUGUACGUGGGCGGCAACUACGUGGAUUCUAUGGCCAGCUCCGCCCCCUCGCUUUACGGGCUCAACCCCCUGCAACAUCACCAGCCGCCCAGCAUGGAGUACAACGGGGGGCCCCCCAUGGGCCCCAACCAGCACCACGGACCUUGCGAGUCCCAUCCGACCUACACAGACCUUUCCAGCCACCACGCUUCUGCUCAGGGUAGAAUCCAAGAGGCGCCCAAGCUGACCCAUCUGUGAUGAGAGGG